GUUAACAGACUCAGACUCACGCGCUGCGAAAACAGACGCGCGAUGCGUUCUGACAUGUCACGCGCGCCCGAGAAAAAAAACUGCCCGUGACUCAAGCGCACGAGCUGUUAACGGCGCGCGCGCUUAAUCCAGUGGUACAUGGGAUUGGGCGGAAAGAGUCGGUUGAGGAAACACGGGAUUGGGUGGAUGGAAGAGUCAAACUGCUGCUGAUGAGAUGAAUCCACAUCACUUCACUUCACUUUAGCUCAUCUGAGGAAACGCACGCAGUUUCUGUUCGGCUUUGAAUGAGAAAGAGACAUUUUUCUGCCCAUAGUAUUGACCUCGUCGGAAUUAAUAAUUUUAUUGGACAAAUAGUUUACCAAAUAGAAGAAUAUAUAUAUAUAUAUAUAUAUAUAUAUAUAUAAAAAAAAACAUUUACAAUUGAACAAUGGCUUUCAUGGUGAAACACGUAGUCGGCGGUCAGCUAAAGAAUCUGACUGGAGGUCUGACAGAAGAGAAAUCUGACGGAGAUAAAUCCGACUCUGCUACUAAAGGAAUGACACAAGAAGAGUUUGAACAGUACCAACAACAACUAGAGGAGGAAAAGGAAGAACGAGAUACCAGUUUUGCCCAACGGAAGGCGGAGAGGGCGACAGUCAGAUCUCACUUCAGAGACAAAUACAGGUUACCAAAGAAUGAGGUAGAUGAGACUCAGAUUCAGGCUGCAAAAGAUGAUGUUGAGCUCCCCACUGAACUUGCCAAGAUGAUAGCUGAGGACAACCAAGAGGAGGAACACAAGCAGUCCGUCCUGGGUCAGCUGACCAACAUCCAGAACGUGGACAUGAACCAUCUAAAGGGCAAAGCUCAGGCCACGCUGGAAGAUCUGAAGAACUCUGCUGACAAGUGUUCACUGAUGUGAUCUCUUUCUUCCUAGAAACCUUCUUCUUUCCUUAUCUACUAUACUGUAUAUCUUCUCCAUCAUCUCACUGUCAUACAAACAUACGCACACACACUGACAAACAUCCAUACUCGCACAUCUAGAGUGGCUUUUAUGGCAGUGUUGUGUCAUAAUUCUAAUAUUGUUCUAGAAUUUUAAAUGACUUUUGUGUACUUACUGGGUGACUCUCACAAAACCUGUCAGGAACAUGUCCUGAUCUUAUUUCACCCAAAAAUCUAAGAAAAUUAAGUUUUGUUUUUAUUUUUUAAUUGUUACAUUAUUUUCAUAACAAUUAAACACAUUUCCCCCCUAAAUUCACAUUACGGUAAUGCAUUUUUAAUUUGCAUAUUUUUAAUAAGAAUUUGUGGGAAAAUGUCUCAUAAAAAAAAAAAUGUCACUAUGCCAAAAAAUCUUAAUGGUCUUAAAAAUAUGCUUGUUUAUCUUAAUACAAAAAACAAUUUCUUAUUUUAUUUAUGUAUUAUUUAUUAUGCUGUGAAAUCUGACCUGGACAUGUUUUAGUGAAAUUCAUACAACUCUGACAGGCCUUUCAUCAAAAAUAGACACCCUGCUCUUAUAAUCCAAUUUAAACCUGCACAUCAGCUACAGUGUGAACGAAUAGAACAAUCAGGUCCAUUAAAGCAAUAGUGCUCGUUCACAAUACUGAGGAUUCCUUAUAAAUGUGACUGCCCCUGAGAUCUAUUAAAAUGCUUAUGGGUGCAGGAUCAGAGGAUAAACCCAAAUCCUUUUUGUCCACACUUACCCCCUUUUCACCAACAUUGUGCCAGAGCUAAUAAGCAGCCAGGAGAUCUGUGAAGAGGUGUACGAUUAGAGUUGAACAAUGACUGACUGUCUGACAGACAUAACUGACUUAAUACAUAACCUAACUGCAAGUGAACGUGCUGCUGCAUGGUCUUAAUUUUGUCCUUCUAGUUUUGAGAAUUUACAUCCAAAUUAAUUUAGUUUUGCGUCUUUAUGCCAUCACAAGCUUUACCGCAAUUCACAGCAUUCAAUUCACAAACAUAAUAUUUAUAAAUAAACAAAUUUUGUUUCAAACAGCAAAGGAAAAUAAAGAGAAUAUUUGGGUAAAUUUGCAGCGUAGCAGAAAUAGAAGUAGAUCUCUUACGUUACUGAUUCCACAAUGUACUGGAUUGAGACCAGCCUGUUUAAAGGGCCCUUUUCUCUGGCCUAAAACCUCAGUUUUUUAGAUGGAAAUGUGUGGAACAGUGCCAGAUUGGGUACAGACACCAUGCUUGUGGAAAAGGGGUAACUUAAACCUUUUACAUUUGACCUUGACUUUGCUGUGGUUAACACCCUUUGACCUUUCCUUCAGUGGUGAAGUUUUGUGCAGGUGGUUUGGUGUUGUCUUGAUGCAGAUGUUGACCUUUUGCUUUCUGGUGGUUCAGAGAGGUUUCCUCUCUUGCUACAAGUAACAAUAUUAGCUGAAAUAUUACGCUGCAGGCGUCAGUAUGAGGUGGAACAGUGCGAAUGAAAGCUUUUUAUUAUUUCAUUAUAUAUAUAUAUAUAUAUAAAAAAAUAUAUUUAAACUGAAGCACUUUCAUGUAGUUUGUGUUUUCUGUGACUUGUGUCUGUUGUCAAUGUGUUCUAGAUAAAGCCAUGCAGGGAUUUAGAUUUUUCUGGAGAGACUGACUGGAGUAAUAAGCUUUCAUCCUGUGAUGUUUGCAAACAAACAAAAAAAAAUAGCAAUAUUACAGUCUUUGACCUAAAUACAGGACAGAGGUGAUAGCCAAUAACAUAUUGAAGUCUGAAAUUAAAGUGUUGAAAUUAAUUUUCCCUUUAAUUUAUCUUACCUGGUAGUUUAUAGACGUAUUCAAUUCCUCAGUUAUGGCUAGAAAGUAUUGUUUGGCGUUGAUUUUACUUAUGCCCUCAAUACCUUAGUUGUUACCCUUUUGGACUGCAUAAGUAAAUAAUUACUAAUGUAAUGUAAUACUGUACUUAUUCUGAUGUAAUUUCCAGAUUUUUGAUUGAUUGUUGAAACUGUAAUAAAUAUGUUUGGACUAAGACUUGGAUGCAUGUGAUAUAACUUGCUUUCAGCGUUUGACUAAUGUAUCACAGCUCGCAACUGGUGCAAUGCUGUAUCUUACCAGCAGGUGGGGUCAUUACCAAUAAAAACACAGACGUCAUCGUCCAAAGCUACCUCGCUGCUUAGUCAGUAAAGGCAUAUUUCACCGAAAAAGGAAAAUUCUGUCAUCACUUACUCAUACUCAUGUUGUUCCAAAUCUGUAUGAUUUUCUUUCUUACAUGGGAGGAGACACAAAAGGAGAUACAAGGCAGAAUGUUAGUCCCAGUCACCUGAGGAAACUGCCUCUUCAGACCGCCUUACAAGGUAGCAAGCUUUAGAGGUAACAAAACAGAUAUUUAUUGUUAUCAGAUAUUGCUUAUUUCCUGGUAAAUAAAUAAAAUAAGUUGAAAAAAAUCAAAAUGUUUAUAAAUUACAUUAAUUUCCUUUAAAUUAAUGAUUGUGGGAUAUUCUAGGCAGUACAGGACGUGUGUUGGCUUAAAAACUGACCAGAUGAAUGCAUUUUAGUAGACGGGGUGUGAUGCAAACAAUGGAUUCAGACGUGCCGUGAUGUCUUACAGGAGCUUUUCUUCAGGUUUUCCACACACCCAAUGAGUUCACAAACACACUUUUCACAUUUCAUUAUGUAUAAACUUUCUGUUGUUGGAAAGUUGACAGAUGUGAUACUUCUUUUUAAUGAAAAAGAUUUAUGUAUAUUUUUGGUGCUGUAACUGUAACCUUUUCACCAUUUUGAAUCACCUUUUGGAUUUUGUGCUGUUCACUUCAAUAGUCCUACGGUGUGAAAUUAUUAUUAUAAUUUUUUUCAAAAGUACAAAUAUUCAAAGUUGUCUCACAAUUAAAAUUAAUCUCAUAAAACUGCAAGGAUAAUUUCUACACAAGAAUAUAUAAAUAUAUAUGUAUUGUUUUGGAUGGAGA